CCGGCGUGAUCUAGAUGCACCACGAACUUAUAAAACAAAGAUGUUUUUAAUCAUUUGAUAUUCUUAAGGUUUAUCUACCACAAAACAAAAAUGGUGGAUUUCGAUCCUUUCUCGACCACGCAAUCAACCGCGAUGAUCACAGACGAUUUCACCCUGCCAACCAUUCGAACCACCCAAAACAACACGCCCAGGGUGAUAGUGGCAGAGAUGAAGAAGAUUGUAAUGUAUCCAAUGCAAUUAGCAAUCAAUAAGUACGCAACAAUCGUUUUAGUCUCGAUUGGGCUGCCGUCUAAUAUCAUGUGUUUUAUACUGUGGCGAAGACCGGCCUUGUGGCAUGUGUCUGGGUUAUACAUGGCUGGUCUAGCCCUUAGCGAUAUCUUGGCUCUUUUGCUAAACAUGCUCAAAGACCUCCAUUCCGUUUGGGAAGUGUGUAUUAUGAACACAGCUGUGACUUGUUUUAUAUUUCCAACGUUGCUUAACGCUGGACAGCAAUUGUCGACUUAUUUAGGCCUCGGUUUUACUGUAGAGAGAUAUAUUUCUGUUUUUUAUCCGUUUCAACGGAACAUUUACUGCACGGAAGAGAGGUCGAAAAUGGUGAUUACCGGGUUUAUUGUGUUUUUGCUUAUUUGGAAUUGUCCCCAGUCGUAUUUUUGGUUUUUGACUACUGAACUAGAUAUCAGGAAAAAUAUUACUAGAACGUACUGUGCACUCAAAAAAGAGUACGACGAAGGGGAGGAUAUUUCCGUUUUCGGAAUAUUCACGUACAUCACGGAAGGAUUUUCGUUCGGAGUUAUCUCCAUAUGUGUCCUCGUUAUGGAUUGUUUUCUCAUACGGCAAAUGGCCCGCCUAGCUAACGCCGAAACCAUGCGUGGUACUAAAAGAAAAGUCAGCACCACAACAACCACCAUCACCCUCCUGGCGGUGUCAGUUUACCAGAUAUGCACCACUCUCCCGGAUACGUUCGCCAAAAGCCUCUACAACGUGUACUGCCUUAAAAAUAGCUUCAACCCCACCGACGAAGAGCUCGAGCGUUACCGGAAAUACGAGUUGGUGGCGGAAAUCGCAGAGGAGGUCCGGAUAUCUCAUUUCACCUUCAACUUUUACAUCUACCUGAUAACUAACCUAAGAUUUCGCGUGGAGUUCAUGCGUUUAAUCUACAGGUGCUUUAACAAGGAGUACAUCUUGCCUGAGAUGGCUGAGUUUUAUUCUAGAAGACACACCAUUGCUGUUCCCUUAGACGAUGAUCACGAGGAAGAAGAAAAGCCGAAGACCAUGUACCGAAAGUUGUCGCUGACCCUGCAGAACUACGUGCAUCCUAAUAUGAAGAGGAAUUCCAAAGACGGAAAACAUCAAACCCGGAAAGUAUCAAUACCACCACACAAGGAAGAUAAGCGAGAACGGUCUCCCUCGGUGAAUAAAACGCGCGGGUCGAUCGCUAGGGGUCAGAAACUAGGACCGAAAAAAGGACCGAACGAUGACAAAGCAAGAAAGGGCAGUAAGCAAGGUACGGGUGUUGACGAGAGUACUCACCAACCAUCCCCGGAACCCGUAGAGAAACCCGAACCGCAUGUGGGUUUAGACGAUAAUUAAACCGAAACGCUGACAUUCUGUCUUUAGAGUUUAGUUAGCUAACUGCUAAAAGUAAUCCUAAUUAAGACACACUUUUUUUUAAACCAUACAUUAAUUAAUCUAUGAAUUUUUUGUUAGAUUUUCGGCUAGAAAAAUGUACUUUAUUUUUUUUUAAAUGAAAAUAAAUUGACAAUCUUAUUAUUUGAGAUCUUGGUAAAGUCUAAUUAUAUAUAUUUUUUAAUUAGUGUGUUAUUGUUAUGUGUAGAACAAUGCUACGCACUAAAGACGUUUUUCAGAAUAAACAAUACCUGAAAUAAUAAAGUAGGAAAUUUUAUUUUCACAUUCUUUUGUUUAUAGCUAAUUUGUUACUGCUUAUUUCGGCAAAAUCUUAGGCCGAUAAGCUAUUUUUAUUCCUGAAAUUUCAUGCAGUACAAAUUAACGAAGAAUGUUCUUAAUUAAUCAAGCAUCCUAAUGACUUAAGUUAGCCGCUAGGUGGUUUUUUAAAUUAUUUUUUUUAAUGUUAAUCUACAUCUUAUGGGGUAAUGAGGUAGGCUAAUUUGUAAAAUGAUUUAUCGUUUGUAGUAUUUGUUGCAAUAGACGGCGUUCUUUUUUAAUAUGGCAAAAUGUUUAGAAUUAGUGAUGUUCUAUUUUGGAAAGUAUCGGCGCUCCCAUAGUAAUGGUGAAAAUGUGAGUGCUUAUAUACUGUGUUGAAUUAAUUUGCAUUAAUUUCUUGAUUUUGACAACCAAAAUGUCUUUUAUAAUUCAAUUUUUUGAGCUACUCAGUACGGCUAAAAUGAUAUUUUGUAAAAUUAAUUGUAUGAAUAAAAUACAUCAUUUAAAUUUAGAUUUUAAAAAA